CCGAGCGCAGCAGCGGAGCCGCCCGAGCGCCCCAGCCGCCGCCGCCGCCGCGAUGAAGGACCGGACGCAGGAGCUGCGCGCGGCCAAAGAUAGUGAUGAUGACGAUGAGGUGGCUGUUGGGGUCGACCGGGACCGCUUCAUGGAUGAGUUCUUUGAGCAGGUGGAAGAGAUUCGGGGGUUCAUAGAAAAGAUCGCGGAGAACGUGGAGGAGGUGAAGCGAAAACACAGCGCCAUCCUAGCUGCCCCCAACCCCGACGAGAAAACCAAGGAGGAGUUGGAGGAGCUGAUGUCCGACAUAAAAAAAACAGCCAAUAAAGUCCGCUCCAAGUUAAAGAGCAUCGAACAAAGUAUUGAGCACGAAGAAGGGCUGAACCGGUCGUCGGCAGACUUGAGAAUAAGGAAGACGCAGCACUCCACUUUAUCUCGGAAGUUUGUCGAGGUGAUGUCGGAGUACAACGCCACCCAGUCGGACUACCGGGAGCGCUGCAAGGGACGGAUCCAGAGGCAGCUCGAGAUCACCGGCAAAACCACCACCAGUGAAGAACUGGAAGACAUGCUAGAGAGUGGGAAUCCGGCCAUUUUCUCCUCCGGGAUCACCAUGGACUCCAGCAUCACGAAGCAGGCGCUGAACGAGAUUGAGACGCGGCACAGCGAGAUCAUCAAGCUGGAGAACAGCAUCCGCGAGCUCCACGACAUGUUCACGGACAUGGCCGUGCUGGUGGAGAGCCAGGUCCAGCACUGAGCGCCGUGGGAGGGGAAGUGGGACGGAUCCGCUUCUCUGGAGGCGAGCGGAAUUGCUGGCAGGCGAGCAGGUAACGGGGGAGCACUUGGAGGCCCCUCCAGCAACUUAGAAAUAAACCCGUUUCUGCGCGUCCCCCGCUGCGCAGGGCGAAAUGAUCGACCGCAUCGAAUAUAACGUGGAACACGCCGUGGACUAUGUGGAGAGGGCCGUGUCGGAUACCAAAAAAGCGGU